CAUUAGACCCGAGCCUCCAGGCUAGGAGCUAGGCUCGGAAUCUAGAGAAAAAAGCGGAAGCCCACCAUGGAAAAAUAAUGGAACCAAAAGCAAGAGAGAGAAAGCCGAAAAAAUAAAAAUAAAAAUAACAGAAGAGAGAGAGAAAGAGGGAGGCAGUGAGUGAUGGUUUUUUUAGAGAGAGAAAGUGAACAGAGAUGGGGCAGAUCGUGAAGAGGAAGAAGAAAGGGAGGCCGUCGAAGGCGGAUCUGGCUAAAAGAGGGAGUUCGCCGGCGGCACAGUCGGAGACGGAGUUAAGGCGGAGUCACCGGAGGAGAAAUGUGAGGUAUAACAUCGAUUACGACGAUUACCUCGACGAAGACUUCGAGGAAGAAGACGAGGAAGAAGAAAGAAGGAGAGAGAAGAAGCUUAAGCUUGUUCUUAAGCUUAAUCAAGGUCAAGAAGCUGAGCCGCCUUCUCCUCCUUCUCUGCCACCAAGCCGCGGCCGAGGUGUUUCCUCAGCUGCCGCGCGUGGGAGGCGCGCGGGCAGGAAGGAAGUGGAGGAGGAAGAAGUAGAGGAUGAUGAAGAAGAGGAAAGCGAGAAGAGGAAGAAAAAGAUUAAGAAGAGAAGAAUCAACGGUGGCGAUGAAAUUGAUCAUGAUGAUUACGAAGAAGAAGUUGACCAUGAUGAAGAUGAUGAUCAUGGUGAUGCGGAGGGAAGAGGGAGAAAAGGGGAAUCCAAAGGACAGGACUCCGUUCCAGGGACACCGUCAGAUCCUCCAUCAGGGGUUCCAUUGCCUGAUAAGAAGACAUUGGAGUUGAUUCUUGAUAAACUUCAAAAGAGAGAUACUUAUGGUGUAUAUGCAGAACCGGCUGAUCCUGAAGAGCUUCCUGAUUACCAUGAUGUGAUUGAGCAUCCAAUGGACUUUGCCACGGUGAGGAAGAAGUUGGGAAAUGGGUCUUAUUCUACACUGGAACAAUUUGAGAGUGAUGUCUUCUUAAUAUCCUCUAAUGCAAUGCAAUAUAAUGCACCAGAUACUAUAUACCAUAAACAGGCACGUUCCAUUCAAGAGCUGGCAAAGAAAAAAUUGGAGAAGUUAAGGAUGGAUGUACAGCGGUAUGAGAAAGACAGCAAGAUAGAACAGAAAACAAAAUCUAACUUCAUAGCAAAGAAACAAACAAAAAAACCUUCCUACUGUGCAACACAGGAACCUGUUGGUUCUGAUUUCUCUUCAGGGGCCACUCUUGCCACUGCUGGAGAUAUCCAGAACUCUUCCAUCACUAUUCAAGCUAAUGCUUGUGAGAGGCCUAGCCAUACUGAUGCGCCUGUAGAGGGUAACUACUCCCUGGCUGAUUAUAAUUUAGAGAAGACUGAAGAACUAUCAUCAGGGAAGGGUCUCCUUUCAAAAUUUGGGAAGAAGUCAUUUGCACUUGAUGAUAAUCGUCGUGCGACAUACAACAUAUCCACUCAACCGGUGGCCAGAUCAGAGUCAAUAUUUACAACCUUUGAGGCUGAAAUCAAGCAGCUGCUUGUUGUUGGGCUACAAGCAGAAUUUUCAUAUGCUAGGAGUCUGGCUCGCUUUGCUGCAACUCUUGGACCUGUUGCAUGGAAAGUUGCUUCCCGCAGGAUUGAGCAAGCAUUGCCUAUGGGCUUUAAGUUUGGUCGUGGGUGGGUUGGAGAAUAUGAGCCACUUCCAACACCAGUAUUAAUGCUUGAGAAUCAUGCUCCAAAGGAAUCCGCCCCGUUGCGUGCUGCUGAUGCUCGAAAGGAUGAUGUAACUUAUAAGACCCCGGUUCCUUCUACCAGUGUUCGAAAGGAUGAUGUAACUUAUAAGACCCUUGUUCCUGCUAAGCCACAUCCUCUCAAUGUCCCUGCUUCAGAAGAGAAAUCAUCUUCAUUUCGUCCUGGUGGGCCAACGUCAGAAGGAAGGCCAUCUUUGUUUGCUUCUACUGGGCCAAGGCCUGGUAAGCCUGUUAAUACUAUUCAUAAGCUGCAAAAUUUGCCUCCCAGGAAAUUUUCUGAGCCUGAGAACAAGGUCUCAAAGCAAGUUGAGUUGAACUUGCCACCUACUGGGAACCAAAAUAAUGCUGAUCUUAUCACUGAGAAGAAGAGUUCAAAUAAAUCAGAGACAGCAGCUUUGAAGUCAAGAGAGAUGGUUUCAAGGAACAUGAGUCUUGCACAGGCUGUAUCUUCAAAGCAGAUUGAAAAUAAUGUAGCUGUUGAUGGAGAUUUGCCUAAUGGAAAAGCCGCAAGUAAUUGUUUUAACAAUCGAGCAAUAAAUCUAUCUUCUGAUGGUAUUCCUACCCAAAUGGCGAAAGCAGCUGCCUACUAUUCCCAUGGACAGGAGCAGGGCCUCAAUGACCCAGUUCAAUUGAUGAGGAUUUUGGCAGAAAAGGCCCAAAAGCAACAAAAUUCUUCAAAUCAGUCCCCAACUGAUACUCCACCAGCUAUGCCAUCUGUUCCAUCUAUACGAAGAGAUGAUUCGAGCAGUGCUGCUGCUGUUGCUGCUCGUGCCUGGAUGUCUGUAGGAGCCGGAGCCUUCAAGCAAGCAACUGAAAAUUCCAGCACUUCGAAAGGCCAGAUAUCUGCUGAGUCAUUAUACAACCCAGCUAGGGAAUUUCAUCUGCAAGGUUCACGAGUUCAAGGGGAGUUUCCUCUUUCUGCAGGGAUGCAAUUUCAGCCACAGAUUGAGAAGAACAGUUUCCCGCUUCAUACUUUUGCACCCCAACCUGUUCGCUUGAUGAAUGAAGCUCAGUUCCAAAACCGACCUAUGGUUUUCCCUCAACUAGUGGCAACCGACUUGUCUAGGUUCCAAGUGCAGUCCCCUUGGCAAGGUUUUAGUCCGCGAACACAGACAAGGCAGAAGCAGGAUACGCUUCCUCCUGACUUGAAUAUUGGAUUCCAGUCUCCAGGGUCUCCAGUGAAACAGUCGUCAGGCGUUCUGGUUGAUUCUCAGCAGCCAGAUCUGGCUCUGCAGCUCUGAGUGUGAGGUAGACUUCCUGAAAAAUCGAUUGAGAAGGGCUCAGAGGUGGUUAGAUGGUGCUCUACCCUGUCUCAAGGAGGUGGAAAAUUUUGUCCCCUGCCAUGAACGUGGAUGGAAUUGCCAAUUCUUCCAUUAUUUUUAGAUGGUGCUCUGGCAAACUCGAUGAUAGAUUUCGGUCCCAGUCUUGGAUUAGAGUUAAAGAUGGCAGAUUCAGCCCUUAAACCGUCUUACCUAUAUAGUAUGAACUCCUUUUUUCUAUCAGAUGAGAAGGGAGAAUCAAGAAGAACAGGGGCCAAUAAUCAUGAAAUGUAGACAUUUGUUUAAGAUCUCCUUUUCCUAACAAGCAUUUCUGACUCCAAGCAUUUAUAUGGUACCUGAGGGAGCUAAAAUCAUGAGAGUUUUCAGCAGAAGCAUGAUUGUUUUUAUGAAUUUAUUGUCGAUUGAUUCGAUGUUCUUCAUCAGAUGGAUUACAUAUGUAAACAUGGUUCAUGCUUGUACAUUAGUAACAGGUGGAUGAGAAGUAGCUACUCAAAUUUUUAGUUUGUCUUUGUUGCCAUUCAUGUUAUUUGCAUUGAUAUAUCUUCCUGCCUUUCUGUGAACAUGCAGAGAUGGAUUUGCAGUUAAAA